AUGGAUGUCACAAAGCGUUUGUAUGUAGAUUUUGAACCAACUUCUGAAAUUGUUCAAGGAAAAGAAGAAGACACUGUCCUUAUACAUUUGCCAGGCAACCUGCGAGCAACGCGGCCGAGCGGACCACUGAGAACGGCAGGCGGAUGGAGCCGCUUCACGGCGGACUUCCGCCUCCCGCCGGACUGCGACGUGAACAAUAUCCGGGCCGAGUUCGAGAACGACACCUUGUACGUCAUACUCCCGAAAAGAAUCCCUCCUGCAGCCCAAAAGCCCAGCGCUCCGCUACUGCCGCUGCCGCCACGGCCGCCGCCGCCCCUGCAGCAGCAGCAGCCGCCGCCACUCGAACGUAAGAAACCUGCAGCACCCCCGCCGCCACCGCAGCAGCCGCAGCCGCAGAUCGAACGUAAGAAAUCUGCAGCACCGCCGCCGCCGCCGCCGCCUCCGCAGCAGCAGCCGCAGCUCGAACGUAAGAAAUCUGCAGCACCCCCGCCGACGCCGGAGCCCCCGCGCGAGAAGCAAGAGAAGGAAGAAGAGAAGGGAGGGGAGGGGGGAGUAACGAAGGGGUUGGAGAGGCCGAGGAGGAGGACGCUGUUGUUGAACGUGGCCGUGGCCGUGGCCGUGUUGGUUGGGAUGGGGAUCUACGUGAUUUUUAAAGCACUGAGAAAGCCCGGUUCUGAUUAAUGAACGGAGCAAAUAAUUAAGAACUAACAAAGGGUUUGAUGUAUAUAUAAUCAGAAUUAUUAUUAUUGUGUGGUUUAUCGAUCGAUUGUAUAUUUGCGGAUACGUGCGAAAUAAAAUGUGGAGGUGAUGCUCUGCUCUGGUUUUUAAUUUUAA